AUGCUACUACGAACGACAAAAAACGCUUGGAAGCUGUCGCCUUCUGUCGCUCGUCAAAAGCGUACAUUCAAUAGCAGCAGUAGCGAGGUGGAGAAGUACGCGGACAUGCCUGCUAUAGCUGUGCACAAGGGCUACAAGAUCGUCAUGUCUCUCAGUGUAUGCAGACUUCCGACGGUGUAUACGGAGCCUCUAUUCAUUCGAGAACAUCGCGAGUGGCGAGCAGAGUGGGAGGAACGAACAGCCAACCAGUUGGAAAUUGCCGAUAGUUUAGUUUACCAGAACUUCCCCCAUCAUUUUCUCCCUAGCCGACGGGAACUGGCCCUAUUACGAGAAGGCUCACAGACGGACAUUUUGCAACAAGAGGGUGGUACGGUUGUGAAGAUGUCAGAGUUGGAUAAGCUCAUCGCUGAGGAGGGUCUAUCGGGUUUGGAAGGCCAACUCGGUGGUGGACGGAAAAAGAAGAAGAAAGAAGACACCUUAGCAGGAACUGAAAAGCAGAGAACUCUAAAAGAAAUGCACAACACGGAUCGUCGAGGAACGGAGAUGCUGUGGUUACUGGUGAAGUAUCGCGGCUCGACCAUCUGGACGUUUCCUUACUCUAGUCAUCUACAGGGCGACAGCGCGAGAGAGACGCUACAGCGGAUAUGUAUGGCUCAGCUGGGAGAGGCAUACAAGCCCUAUUUCGUGGGUACAUGCCCUAUGCAUUACCGCAAGUUCACGUCGUUACGGUAUGCCGAGGAGGAAGAGACUGUUAUUGGCAGCAAGGUUUUCUAUUACCGGGCUAUCCAUCUACCUUCGAGUAUACCGAUUACUCUUAGUCCGGAUGGUCCGGUGGAGGACUUUGCGUGGGUGGCCCGGGCAGAGCUCCUCGACUAUGUUGGGGAGCGUGGUACCACUACCGUCGAUGCCUGCCGUUGGACUUCUUGCCAGGUCAGGAGUCAGUUGCUGUGGGUGAGCAAGAUGCUACAGGUGCACGCUCCUGAGCAUGCACAUCCCUCCGCUUGCAAGUCCAUUGAGGAGCUAAAGUCCACAGCUAUAGACCUUGAUAUGAAGGAGGCGCCAUUGCGGGUUAUGGACACUACUAUGGUGAAUGCUGAGAUAGCCGUAGAGAACUACUGGGGAGCUCAGGGGGCGCACUGUGCCCUGCGAUGUGCAGCAGUAGUGGACACCACAACGUCGCCAGUCACCUUGACGCCAUGCCAUUUCGAUGCUCCACGGUCCCUCAACAUGCACGGUGCUGCCUGUGACCUCAUCACAGAUGACUUCUCGUCAUCGACCAUCAAAGCAGAUGUCUAUGCAUUCGGGGGAGGCAAUCAUGUGGCGGCCACUGCCGACCUCAUGCGCCUUUCCAUAGAGUACACCCAUGGCGUGAUCCUGGACGAUCGGCCUAGCCUCGUAUGUGAAGUAGUGCAGCCAGUGGUAGCAUCCUCGAGGCCCGUGGCUCGCUCUGGGGCUCAGGGUGUGCUGUGGGAGGGCACAUUCCUCCUACAUGCUGGCCGUGGGGUUAAUAAUGUGUUCCUCGAUGAUCUGUGGCAAUUCGACUUCACUACACGGACCUGGCGAGAAGUGGAGGUCACCGGUCCAUCGCCGCCUCACCGGCUAUGGCACAGCUCCCAGCGGGUCGGCUCGAAAUGGAUCGUCUUUGGUGGCGCUGAGUGGCGCUUUAGUCCUGAGGAGGUGAACAUGGACGACAGUGGGAAGGUGUGGAUCCUGGACCUGCCGACUUUGACGUGGACCAGCAUGUGUGAUGCUUCUGGUGUGGGCCCCCCUCUACUGCUCGGGAAUGCUCUUGUGGCCGUCUCGGCUAGGGAGGUGCUCACUUUCGGCGGCUGCAAGACGUAUAACUACGACCGGAUGUCGAGAAGCUAUGGGAAUCUUUAUGAGGAUAUUUGCGCACCGUGGAGAUUUGAUCUAUCGAAGCGAAAAUGGGCAAAAGUUAACCUGUUCGAGCAGGUGUGCUGUCAAAUCACACCGUAUGAAGAUGUCGAUCGGGCAGUACUCGAAACUCGUUUCCGAAGUCACUGUGGUGCUGCUUAUCUGAAGUCCCAAGGGAAAGUCUACGUCUUCGGUGGAGCUCGAUACUUCUAUGGCGAGUACUUCCAUGAUGUCAUCGUAUUCGAUCUGGACGAAAAGCUCAUCUCGGAAGAACAUCCGAGGCCCCGUCUGAACAUGCUACAUGGGGUGCGAUGGACCCGGCAGUUCCGGCUCACGCCUGGGGUCAUCGGUCGUGCCCGGUGCUUGGCCCGAGAUAGGUUGAUUUCUCGGGAGGUGUUGAACAGUCUGAUUUACACUGACGGCGACCAGGAUGAGGCGAUGGUUGUUGACGAUGCAGACUCUCCAGGCUAUACCAGCGAAUAG